AUGCGACUACCUCCGUUCUCCGCUUCCACUCAUCACUUGCUCGAGUCUUCGCCAGGCGACGAUCCGGGUCCUUCGGGUACUCAACGCAUCGAUGACGUCUCUCAUCUGUGUCCCUUCCCUUUUCAGAAUCAAUUGCACUACAAACACGGGUAUCUGCUGCUGAGAAACUUGUCGCCGAAAUCAGCGACGACAGCGACGACGAAGAGGAGCUUCACUUCAGAAGCGACAACGAGACGAAUCCUAAUCAAACAUACAGAGAAAUGGUACUCAGAAUAGCGCUGAUCGCGUUGCUCUACUAUCCGUUGUCUAUAGGACUGACCUUCUAUCAAAAAUGGUUCAUAAAGGUAAAUUCUCUUUUGUGGGGUUGGCCAGAAAACGAUCGAUACCCUUCCAGAACUAUAAACUGCCUCUUCUGGUUGUGAGCGGCCACUACAUCCUCAAAUGGUUCUUCGCAGUGAUCAUCCGAUUCGUUUACGAAUGUGUCCGAUCCCCGCGAAUGCGAGUUUCGUUCCGAGACCAGAUGAGAUGGCUGGCUCCGAUCGGAAUCUGUGCGUCGAUGGACAUCGGACUCUCCAACUGGGCCCUCGAGUACGUGACCGUCAGUCUGUACACGAUGGCCAAGUCCUCUUCCAUCCUUUUCAUCGUCGCGUUCGCCCUUCUGCUCCGGUUGGAAAGGUGGCGGAACUCUCUCGGAUUCGAGACGGGACUCAUCGCCGCCGGGCUCUUUCUGUUCACUUGGAAGUCUUCUCAGCUCGAUCUGACCGGUCUCCUGCUCGUUGAGCUGGCAGCCGCUUGCACUGGAGUCCGGUGGACCGUCUCUCAGAUGGUCAUGCAAAGGGACGAUUCUGCGGUCCGUCACCCGCUUGACAUGGUCGCGCACGUCCAGCCGUGGAUGAUGAUCCCGAUCGUGCCGAUGAUUUGGCUGUUCGAGGGCGCCGAGAUCAACUGGCAGUCCGUUUUCUCGUUCCAAGGAGUCUACGAUCCGUGGACGGUGCUCGGUCUGAUUGCCGGAGGAGGCCUUCUCGCGUUCUGCAUGGAGAUGAGUGGUGAGCUGCCGUAAUCUGGGUGCCCUCCCUUAAUGCCGUCGUCUUUCAGAGUAUCUUCUAUUGGUGAACACUUCCGGAAUCACCCUGAACAUCUUUGGAAUUGUGAAGGAAGUGGCCACCCUGCUGCUCGCGCACCUCAUCAACCAGGACACGCUCUCGGAAGUGAACAUCUGCGGACUGAUCCUGUGUCUCGCGGGAAUGCUCCUGCACGGAAUGAACAAAAGACGCCAAAGGUGAGUCCCGCCCCGCCUGUUUCUCUCUUUCAAACUCUGCCCGUGCAGGCUGAUCCGCAGUCUCGCCGACGCCGAUCAUCAGUACUCUUUGCUUUCGAAAUCGGUCUGAUCUGUAAGAAAGUGCCGUUGUUCUCGUGUCCAGUCCCACUUCUUCUCCCCUGUUUUUCUCUCCUCGACCACCUUUCCUUUAUUUCAGAGCUCCGCGAGCAGUUCAUCAUCCGCAAUCUAUUAAAAGCGACGAUGCACGGAAGCUGCUGUCCUCCGAGGAUCUUGAUGCUUGA